UAACACGGGCGGGGAGAGCGCAGCCGGGCACUUGGACAUGCCGCUCGCGGGGAAAGUGGCUCUCUCCCUGUCUGCUCUGUUUGUGCUGGCUCUGGCGUAUAGAUUCUAUAAAUCCCGAGCACCUGCGAGCGUCGGAACAUGCAGGGGAGAUCCCACCACUGUCACACGGGAAGAAGACGUGGCUGCGGAAGCUUCUCUGCAGGGUUACGAGGAUGGCGACACAGCUAAGCUGAGGCUCCGGCGUGUAAAGGGCACCUUGUCGGGCAGGAAAGUCACAGACACCGGGCACCCUGUCGUCGACUCUCAGAGGACACGAGAAGUCCUCCUCACAGACCUGAAAACAUUAAACAACUCUGCAAUCUGCAAAGAGCAACAACAUGCGCAUACAGAAGAGCAACAACACGUAAAGAGCACCAAGGAAUGUGGAUGGGUUCCGGAUCAGGGGCCGCUGCAGAACGCAGGGGGUGUCCAAACGCAACACAGAGGAGAAGACAACUUUACUGGCGAUGGAGUCUGCGGCCAAACGCCUGAUCCCCGUUACCGGCAGGAUCCAGAAGGGAAAGAGAUGCACGACAGCUGGCAUUCGGGGACUACAGGUGACUGUACAGCUCGCGCUGCUCAGAACGUGAAGACACAAUGUGACGUUGACGUGUCAAUAAAUCAGGACCGUCAAACCAUCCGUGAGAUCCACAGGUUUUCAUCCACGUCUGAAGUCCGGCUAGCAGAGGGCGUCAUCAGAGAGAAAAGAGCAGAGGAUGGAGUUCCAAACCGGGUGCAUGGAGCAGGGGAACUGAGAGGAAAGAUCUAUAACUACCACGUGGAGUCCACCUCAGAGUCGGUAAGAGAACGUUGUGUAAAUGUUGGAGUCGGCCCUCCUCAUCCAUCUCUCGUCCAUAUUAAAACAGACAUAGAAAAGGAAGAGCGUGAGAAAUGUCAGGCUGGGGAGGUUGGAGACGUGGAUGAGACUGACUUGGUACCAAUAACUCAAUCUCAAAAGCUCAGUCAAUCAGAGGACAAUGAGGUCCACAAUGUAGACUUGGAGACAGGAUCUUCAAGUGUGAGCAACACACCUUCUGCCGCACAAGCCUUGGGCCCUAGUCUGACCGGGCACGGCCCAGACGCCGCCACGGAUACACUGAUGACGCCUGGCACUUCCACCCAUCAUGUCACCCUGAGCCCAGAGUCUGCGUUUGAUAUCCACCUUAAUCUGGAGAACUGUUACGAAGUGCUCUCCUUUGCCAAGAAGCACCAUCUAGACGCCCUUAAAGGAGCUGCCUACAAAGUCAUGAGCACCGACUAUCUAUUGGUGUUACAGAAUCCUUCUGUCUACGGACGCCUCAACGCGGCAGAGAGGGACUUGAUUCUUGACAACCGAAUGAAGGGCAGGAGGUAUGUAGUUGUUGCAGACAUAGACGCCCAGGGGUAUUCCACCUCCCAAAAAAGCAGCAGCCUCAGUUAUUAUGACAACGAUAAUGACUCGUGGCAACUGCUGUCCUCCAUCCCAGACGAUGCGGUGAGCAGGGGAUGCUCGAUUGCCACUAUGUUCAAUUAUUUGUUUGUUGCCCUUGGAUCUGAAGGUCCCGGGAGACAAAUGAAGCCAUCCAGGCGCGUUGUCUGCUAUAACCCCCUCACCGGCAGCUGGAAGGAAAUCAGUCCCCUCAACGAGGCCAGGCCUCACUGCAAGCUGGUGGCACUAGAUGGUUAUUUAUACGCCAUUGGAGGUGAAUGCCUCCACACCGUGGAGCGCUACGACCCACGCCAAAACAGGUGGGCUUACGUGGCACCUCUUCCCAAUGACACCUUUGCUGUCGCCCACAUGGCAACAGCAUACGACGACUCUAUCUAUGUUACCGGCGGGACCAUUCGGUACAUGCUAUUGAGGUAUCGUCCCAAGGAGAACGUCUGGGGCAGCAGCAUUAUCAGCGGGAGCAAAGACCGCACCACAGACAUGGUGGCGGCCGACAACUUCCUGUAUCGCUUCGACCUUAACCGCAGCACGGGGAUCAGCGUUCACCGCUGCAACAUCAGAGCCAGAGUUUGGUACGAAUGUGCCAGUUAUCCAAUGCCGUAUCCGGCGCCCUUUCAGUGCGCGGUGAUGGACAAUAACAUCUACUGCGUCGGCAGAAACCUCCACCUGCGCUUCCUGGCUGAAGACAUCUCGCCCCGGUUCAUGGACGGGGAUCUACAAACGCUGCCCUCUCCCAGCGGCCUGCCCCUUCCGCUGGUCCUUAUCCUCCCCGCCAAGGCUUCCCGAUGAAUGCUGUUUGACAUGAAAUCGUUUUCUAUCGAGUUCCGCAGCUUUUAAAGAGUCUUCUGGAUAAUUGAUGAUAAAAAGUGGUGGGAUUCCAAAAAUGUGUCCGAAAAACACAGAUGUAUCUUUCUGAAAGUUUCCCUUAAAACCUGCUGAGCGCAGC